CAAGAAUAUAGCGAUAUGGUUGUAUUGUUUCCCAAUCAUAUUCUCACCUUUCCUGUUCGUGGUUGAUGAAAUAUUCAGCCACAGUGGAGACCGGAGAAACGAUAGCUAACUUUUAGGACGGACUUUUACGGACACAGUACAUCUGUACUGUUCGACUCGGCAAGUCUUCAAUAACCUGCAACUUCUAAAUCAUGGCCACAAGUAUGGAAAAUGAUGGGGCAACGUCUAGCAAAGUUGACCUCCAGGCUUUUGAACCUGAAUUCCCAACCUAUGAUAAUGCUUUCCCCAAACUACCACCUCUGGAUGCUCGCUCUGAACAGCCAAUCGCACCAUCUAUUGCUCCUGGUGGGGCAUGGCAGCCUAAAUUUCUCACUCGCCAAUCCAAAUGUACCCAGGUUUUUACUGUUCCCCUUGAAGAACGCAAGUUUAAGGAAAUGAAUGAGCGACAGUUUGGAGAAGAAAGUGAACAAAUGAAAAUCUGCAAGGAAAUAAUGCAAAAAACUGGAGUAUCUAUUGAACUGAGCAUGGCAAAAGAUCAGAGCAUGACACUGGUAAUCAAUGGGCGACAAGAUGCAGUGAUGAAAGCUCGUAGGGAAGUUGUGAACAGGCUCCAAACUCAGGCCAGUAUUGUGCUCAAUAUUCCAAGAGAGUAUCAUAGGUUUAUUCUCGGCAAAAGUGGCAAGAAGCUGCAGGAAAUCGAAUUAGCGACUGCGACUAAGAUCUACCUCCCUCGCUCCGAUGACAAAACUAACCCCAACGAGAUAAAAAUUGUUGGAGCGAAGGAGGGGAUUGAUAAGGCACGGCAUGAAAUUGAAGCAAUCCAUGAAGAGCAAGCAAAACUGGCAUUUGAAAGACUACCAAUUCCCAAGGCAUUCCAUCCUUUUGUGUGUGGCCCCAACAAAGAAAAUAUUAUUAAACUGACUGAGGAAACUGGAGCCAAAAUCAGUGUCCCACCUCACAAGGAUGAGAUUGUAGUUUCUGGAGAGAAGGAUGGAGUUUUGAAAUGUAAACAGACUAUGAUGGCAAUUUAUGAAGAAAAGAAACGAAAGUGUCAGACGGUUUCAGUGGAGGUUAAAAAAUCCCAACACAAGUAUGUUGUGGGUCCUCGUUAUGCAAACAUUCAAGAAAUUUUAGCCAACACUGGUGUCUCUGUUGAAGUACCUGACCUCAAUUCACCCUCCGAGACUAUCACAUUGAGAGGAGAGCAGGAAAAGUUGGGCCAGGCCCUUACUGAAGUUUAUAGCAAGGCCAACAGUGUUGUGUUUUCUGAUGUGUCAGCACCCGCAUGGCUUCACAGGUUCAUCAUUGGCAGAAAGGGAAGCAACAUUAAAGAGAUAACUGAAAAUUUCCCCACUGUUCACAUUGAGUUUACUGAUGGACAAGACAAAAUCACAAUUGAGGGACCCCCUGAAGAGGUGAACAAAGCUGUGGAGAAACUCAAUGCAUUUGUUAAAGAUUUGAUAAAGCGCAUGGAUUUUGCUGAAAUUCAAGUAGAUCAAAAAUUCCAUAAACAUAUUAUUGGUAAAAGUGGAGCCAACAUUAGUAAAAUCAAGCAAGAAACUGGUGUAGCAAUUAGAAUACCAUCAGAUGGUGAAAAUAGUAAUAUUAUUAGAAUAGAGGGUGACCCACAAGGUGUUAAGACAGCAAAGGAGCAGCUUCUAGAAAUGGCUAAUAGAAUGGAAAAUGAAAAAACAAGGGACAUCAUCAUUGAACAUAGAUUCCACCGUCAAAUUAUUGGUUCCAAGGGAGAAAAUAUCCGGGAAAUUAGAGAUAAAUAUAACCAGGUUCAGAUCACUUUUCCUGACCAGGGUAAAAAAAGUGAUGUUGUUACAUUGCGUGGACCAAAGAAUGAUGUUGAUAAAGCCUUCAAGCAUCUCCAAAACCUGGUCAAAGAUUUGAUUGAAAACAACUACCAGGCACAAGUACACAUCUUUAAGGACUUUCACAAAAAUAUUAUUGGUAAAGGAGGAAACACCAUUAAGAAGAUAAGAGAAGAAACAGAUACCAAGAUUGAUUUGCCUAGUGAAAUAAGUGACAGUGAUGUUAUCACCAUCACUGGGAAAAAAGCCAAUGUGGAGAAAGCUAGAGAAAAGAUUGAAGCCAUCCAGAAAGAAUUGGGCAAUAUUAAAGAAGUUACAAUUGACAUCCCCAACAAGCUUCACAACUCUCUUAUUGGCACCAAGGGCAAAUUUAUCAGAGCUAUCUCUGAAGAGAAUGGUGGUGUUAUGAUCCGUUUCCCACAAGAAGGAACCAAGAGUGAUAAAGUUGUGAUCAGAGGACCUAGUGCAGAUGUUGAGAAUGCCAAACAGCAGCUGUUAGAGUUGGUGAAUGAAAGGAAAGAUUCAAGUUUUACCCUUGAAGUUAAAGCCAAACCCCAGUAUCACAAGUUCCUCAUUGGUAGAAAUGGAGCAACCAUUAAAAAGGUCAGGGAGAAUACAGGUGUAAGAAUAAUCUUCCCUGCCCAAAGUGACCCUGACCAGGAAACCAUAACCAUCAUCGGCAAAGAAGAGGGUGUGAAGCAAGCAAAGUCUGAGCUAGAGGGUCUUAUUAAAAGCUUGGAUAACACUGUGGAAGGAGAGGUCCACGUCGAUCCUAAGCACCACAGAUAUUUUGUUGCUCGACGUGGUGAAGUCUUGAGAAAUAUUGCAGAAGAUUAUGGUGGUGUCACCGUGAGUUUCCCUCGCAGUGGUGUGAAUAGUGACAAGGUUGUGAUUAAAGGUCCUAAAGAUUGUGUGGAGGCAGCCAAAAAGAAAAUCUUGGAGAUUGUUGAAGAUUUGGAAGCUCAAGUGACAGUGGAAUGUGUGAUAGCUCAGGUGGAUCACAGGACUGUGAUGGGUAGCGGAGGAGCUAAUGUCAGAGAAAUCACCAGACAGUAUGAUGUGGGCAUUAAAUUUCCAGACAAGCCACCCAUGGCUAAUGGAAAUUCUCCAGAUGAACCUGUGGUGAAUGGUGAUAUUAGUCCUGUUGAAAAUGGCAAUGGUCCACGCAAAGGGGACAUUAUCAUUAUCACGGGUAAACCUGAGAACUGUCAGAAUGCCAAGCAAGCUCUUCUGGAUUUGGUACCCAUUGUGGAUGAAGUCAAUGUCCCAUACGAUCUUCACAAGUUUAUCAUCGGCCAGCGGGGCAAGGACGUGCGCAAGUUGAUGCAGGACUAUGAUGUGAACAUUUCAAUUCCUGCAGCUGAAGAGCACAGUGAUGUUGUGAAAGUUCGUGGACCUCCAGCCAAUGUUUCCAGAGCCAGGAAUGCCAUUUUGGAGAGGGUCAAUCAGUUGGAACAUGAAAAAGAAGAUAGGGAAUUGAAGAGCUUCAAGCUGACUGUGGAAGUUGAUGAAAAAUACCACCCCAAGAUCAUAGGUCGAAAGGGUAAUGUAAUUUCUGGGAUCCGCAAGAACCAUGACGUUAACAUUCAGUUCCCAGACAAAGGCAGCGAAAACCCAAGUCUCAUAUCCAUCACUGGCUACCAGCAGAACGCUGAGGCUGCAAAGGAUGAGAUUUUAAAGAUAGUUAAAAGCUAUGAGGAUAUGUAUGUUGAGGAAGUGUCAAUUGAUGCCCGUAUCCACCCUCGUAUAAUUGGUGCCCGAGGUCGUGGUAUCAACAAGUUGAUGGAGGACUUCAAUGUUGAGCUUCGCUUCCCACGCUCUGGUGACCCAGACCCUAACCUGGUCACUAUUUCUGGUGCAGAGGAUAAUGUUCUUGACUGCAAGGACUAUUUGCUCAACAUGGAAGAGGAAUAUCUGCAAGACUUUGUGGAUCAAGAGUACAUCCGAGAUCUGCAGAGACCACCCAGCAAGAGUUCUUCAGAUCCCGCCCCACCCAGGGAACCAACACAGGGUUUUGUGGUCAAGGAUGCUCCAUGGGAUCGGGCUCCAGACACGGCUAGUCAAGAGGAAUUCCCAAGCUUUGGGGCAGUGGUUGCACCAAAAGGUCGCUCGUGGGGUCCCAUCAGAAAGUGAAUACCACCCCAGUAGAUGGAUCUGUCUUGUGACAGUCCCUUGGCAGUUUAACUUUUUUAACCUCUGUUGUAGCUUCAACACCCCUCUCCCUCAAUUUGGCCCACGAUUUUGGCUUUACUUUCCAACUUGAGAAACUAGAUAUGGUCUAUCUAGAGUUGUAUAGAUCCAUUUUGUUCACUGAUGUAAAUGGACACUGUUUUUAAGUAACCAGAUUAUUUUGUUGUUGUUAUCAAAUUGAAGCACAGGGAUAAAUUUACCAUAUUUUGAAAUCUUUUAUGUAAGCUCAUUAUUGUUUCAAUGAAGCGCUGAUAAAGCCAAGUUUCAGUGAUUGUUUUCUAGACAAAUCAGAUAAAGCCAGUUUGCUUCCUUAAAUUUUGUUUUACAGAACUGUUUUGUCUAGUGGAAGAUUUUAUUCUAUUCCCAUUACAUUUUUUUUUUACUUUUAGUUGAUGAUGGGGAUUAGUAAAAAGUAAAAAAUCCAAAACCAGUACAUUGAAAGAAAUAAGUUAAAGUUCUAAUGGAAUGUCAUCUUUUCAGUUUUUCUCUUGUUUAAAAUAGAGCUUAACACUGAAAAGACAGAUCUAUCUUAACUGUUUUCUUUGAAAGAUAAUUUUUAAAUAUUCUUAGAAUGCACUUUGAAUCUUUUACUUUUACAAUCUGAUUAUUCUCUUCCCCCCC